AUGGCUGCACCAAAGCUGGAAUCUUUCAGGCGGGGAAGUAUGUUCGACGGAUCAUCUUUCAGGCGAACUAGUAUGUUCGAUGGUUCGUUUAGACAAAGCUUAAGAGAUAGGCUUAUCCCACAACAGAGCAGAGGCUAUUCCUAUGUCGUUGACGUUGACAUUAACAACGAUAAAACUCCAGUCCGUUGCUGCUCCUACAGGUACUUCUACGACAAGAUCACUGCGUUUGUGGAGAAAUCACAGAAUGUGUUGGUUACGGCGUGGGAGAUGGGAACAUCUGACCCGAGGAAGAUCAUAUUCUCGGCAAAGAUGGGUUUGGCUCUGACAGUCAUCUCCAUUCUCAUUUUCUUUAAGCUCCCAGGAUCAGAGCUCAGCAACCACUAUCUCUGGGCCAUUCUCACAAUAGUUGUUGUCUUCGAGUUCAGUAUAGGAGCCACCUUUAGCAAAGGAUGUAACCGAGGACUAGGAACAUUGUCUGCAGGAGGAUUGGCGCUUGUCAUGGCUGAUUUAUCCGAUAAGACUGGAGGUUGGGCAGAGCUUUUCAAUGCUGUUAGCAUUUUCGUAGUAGCCUUUUUUGCAACUUAUGCAAAGCUAUAUCCAACGAUGAAGCCAUAUGAGUACGGAUUCCGGGUGUUCUUGCUGACCUAUUGCUACGUAACAGUGUCGGGAUACAGAACAGGGGAAUUCAUGGAAACAGCUGUUUCAAGAUUCCUUAUGAUAGCACUUGGUGGCAGCGUUGGCCUCAUUGUGAACACUUGCAUUUAUCCCAUAUGGGCUGGGGAUGAUCUCCAUAACUUGGUCGCCAAAAACUUUGUGAAUGUCGCAACUUCUUUGGAAGGUUGUGUGAAUGGAUAUCUCGAUUGCAUAGCAUAUGAUAGGGUCCCAUCGAGGAUUCUGGUCUAUGAAGCUGUAACGGACGAUCCAGUGUACAGUGGUUACAGAUCAGCCGUUCAAUCCACAAGCCAAGAAGACACUCUGAUGGGUUUUGCUACAUGGGAGCCACCACACGGUCCAUACAGAUCUUUUAGAUACCCAUGGGCGAUGUAUGUGAAAGUAGGUGGUGCAUUGAGGCAUUGUGCUUUCAUGGUUAUGGCAUUACAUGGCUGCAUUCUCUCUGAGAUUCAGGCUGAAGAGGAGAAAAGAAAAGUCUUUCGAAAUGAGCUUCAAAGGGUGGGAGUAGAAGGAGCAAAAGUACUUAGAUACAUUGGGGAAAAACUGAAGAAGAUGGAGAGACUAAACCCUAUUGAAGACAUUCUCCACGAGAUUCACCAAGCAGCCGAGGAACUACAGAGCAAAAUGGACAAGAAAUCGUACCUUCUUGUGAACGCCAAGAAUUGGGAAAUCGGGAAUCAGUCAAGGGAUUUGACUGAUGAGAACGAAAUCUCGAAUCUCGACGAGGAUCUAAGUCGGAUCCUGGCUCAUAAAUCGCAGAGUGAAGCAACGCUUCGUCCACCCACGAAUUGGGAUACUGGUAUAGGUAAGAACACGAAUCUGGCUCCGAUCCAUAGCUACCAAGCAAGGACGGUGAUACAGAAACAGCCGUCGUGGCCUAGUCGGGUCUCUUUGGCGCCGGGAAGUAUGUUACCGCCGCCACCGGAGGCGAUUAUGUACGAGAGCGCGAGUGCUCUGUCUCUAGCUACGUUCGUUUCGCUGCUUAUAGAAUUCGUCGCGAGGCUGGAGAAUCUGGUGAAUGCGUACGAUGAGCUGAGUGAAAAAGCCAAUUUCAAAGAACAUGUUGCUGAGUGA